AUGUCCAAUAUCAGAGUACAUUAUUUGAAUAAAUCAAGAUCGUUUAGAGUUAUAUGGUUACUGGAACAUCUGAAUGUGGAAUACGAAGUCAUUCCAUAUGUUAGGGAAAAUAACCGUGCUCCUGAAAUGUUGAAGAAAAUACAUCCUUUAGGACGUUCGCCAAUCCUCGAAGUUAAAGAUGGAAAAAGUGGUAAAACAAAAAUUAUUACUGAAUCUGGUUAUAUAUUCCAAUACAUUUUGGAGAAAUAUGAUAAUGAGAGGAUCUUAAGUUUGAAGGCUCCUGAUCAAGCAGAACAAGUUCAAUACUACUUACACUACGUAGAAGGAUCAUUACAACCACCUUUACUGAUGGAAUACAUAUACUCUCUAGCAGGUCAAUCCCCAGGUCCAUUUCCCCUUUCGUACUUAGUGCGUGGUGUACUCGAUAAAAUUAGUGGUGCCUACUCUAAAGGUGAAGUAAAGAAUCAGAUCGAUUACCUAGAAAAUGAAAUUUCUAAUAAUAAAGGUUAUUUAAUAGGAGGCCAAUUCAGUGCCGCAGAUAUCCUUAUGUCGUUUCCUUUAAAGAUGGCCUUUCAACGUGGGUUUGCAGAAGAAAAAAACUAUCCUCAAAUUAAAAAAUGGCUUAAGACCAUAAUUAACGAGAAUUCGUAUAGUGUUACCAAAGAAAAGACUGCACAAUAUGAACCUAAAGACUAG